AUUUACCUGAUAUUGAAGAAAACAUUACCGAUUGAAGAACCGAUGCAUUUGAGAGACCAAUCAUUUGGUGAUAACAUGUUAUCCUCACAACACGUCUUGAACUGUAGUUUCUCCAAAUGGUAUCCAUUGUUUGGUCACAUUUCCAUCAAUAGUCAAGUGAUCAAAUUGUCCGAAGAUUUUAUCAAAUAUCUGUUAAGUGAUGGCAUUGUUUUGCCAAAAAGUGACAAUAAUGGUGAAGACUUGAAUGGUUGGAGUGAUGACAAUGACAAUGAUGAGGAUAACGGUAGUAAUGAUGGUUCAGAUGAUGAUUCAGUCAAUGAUAUUGAAUUUGUUGAUAUUGAGCAACAAAUGAAACAAACAUUAGGUCGGUUUGGAUCAGUGUUUGUUAAACUCAAUUGGAGUUCCUGUGAGGACAGCCAAUGGAUGAGUCUUACGGGCACUCAAUGUCUACAAACACAAGAUAUCUAUCUUUUGUUGAAGAGUUCCGACAAAAUAGUUCACGAUUUAACUCAACCAUUUAAGUAUUGUUUAGAUGUUAUUGAAGAUAACAGUCCGCACAUUGAGUACGAAUUGAUUCUCAAGAAAUGGAUUGAUAUCAACCCGUCGAUGGAGUUUCGAUGCUUUAUAGCUGAUAAUCAAAUAAUUGGUAUAACACAGCGUGAUGUCCGCUCAUAUUAUGAGCACAUCCAUCAACAAAAAGAGGAUAUUAUAGGAGAUAUUCAACGUUUCUUUGGCAGACAUUUAAAGAAUAAAUUUUUUGACGAAGACUUUGUUAUCGAUGUUUACCGACCCGAUAGAGGACAAGUAAUUCUGAUAGAUAUAAACCCUUUCGGAAAGUUAACUGAUUCACUGCUAUUUGAUUGGCAAGAAAUCUUCGACAACAAAAAUAAUGGCCAAAUAAAUGAGACUCCUGAGUUUCGAUAUCUGACCAGUGAUUUAGGUGUUCAACCGCAAAGAUAUACUAUGAAUUCAAUUCCAGUUGAUUUAUUAAAUGGUUAUACUAUUAAUGAUGUUAUUGAUGAUUGCAAUAUCGAUAGAUAG